AUGAGUAGACAGUUGGGUAACGGCUUUUAUGGCCAAAGCAAUUAUGUUACAGGCCAACAACCGAUUCCACAAACGCAGCACUUAUUAUCACAUCCCACUCGAUAUCAUUUGGAAGAAACUGAACGACGUAGACAGACCCUCAACAACGAUGAAUGUUCUCCACCAACUCCGGCUGGUUCAUUUCAUAACACACUAGAUCCGGAAACGUUACAACAGUCGUCAUAUAUGGAACAUAUAAAGCAAGAGUCAGGUUCUUAUGAUAUUCGGACAGAAAUGGACUAUUCAGUGAUUUCACCUGUUUCUGGUUCUCCUUUCGGUUCUCCUCGCAAUAAUUUACCUGGGUAUGAUGCAGAAGAUUUUCCUCAGUCCUACAGGGCCUCUAGUCACCUUGAAAGUAUUGGUGGUGCUUCUCCGAGUCAUGAUAACAAUAAUGAUUACUUUGUGGACACCGAAUUUAGUCCAAUGAGCGCUCCCACGUCUAUUCCGGUGGACGUCAAACCUAGCCGCAUUGGUAACAGACAACAACCUAUUAACAUUUACAACGGUCAAAUUAGCAUGUCAUUGCCUGUUGGUAGCUGGCCUUAUGGCACAAGUGUUGAACAAAUUCAGCCAGGAUCUCUUCCGUAUUCUUCUGGUACCGACUUACAGAUGAUGUCUAAUUAUCUAGAUGCUGACGAAGCUGAUAAUCAUAAACAGGCGAUGCUAUCCGAGAAAAGACGACGUCGUAGAGAGUCACACAAUGCAGUUGAACGUAGAAGACGAGAUAAUAUAAAUGAAAAAAUUGCAGAACUUUCGACUCUCUUGCCAGAAAUGUAUAUUGAUUCUACAAACAAACCAAAUAAAGGCGUCAUCCUUCGCAGAUCUGUUGACUAUAUUCGUGAUCUCCAACGAUUGUUACAAGAAAACAAUAGAUUAUUAGAAGAACAUCGUUUACGAAAUUCAGAGUUGGAGGCUAGGGUAAGAGACAUGUCAGCACCUAGAACUUCCAUGGAAGGUACCUCAGGGGGUUCUUCUGCAAAAAGAUCCGAUUUGAAUUCGUCAUCAUUAUCAAGUAGCAGUCUUGAUGGAUCCCCUCAGACACCUUCCUUGGGUAGUAAUAAUUUGAUAUCAUAA